UUUUCCAUCGACUAAAUUCUUACGAAUAAUCUUCUUCUUCUUCUUCUUUGCAAUUCCGAUAAUAUGCUUAAAAAAUUUCCCUCUUUAUUUCUCUCCAAAUCCAUCCAUGCUUUCAUUCUUUAAUGGGUCGCAUGAUCUGUGUUCAGUAGAUCGAAAACUUUCCUGAUUUCGCUGUUUCCAGAAAUGGGGACGAUUCUCCUACCAGUUUUCAGUUCCUCUGAUGCUUUGUCGCCGAUUGGGAGUUUUUCAUCUCAGCUCAAUGGGGAUGUCCGGGGACUCACUGCCGCCUCCUCCGGUUGUCAUGGAAUGUGGUAUAGUGCUCUUUUGGUUGCGCCCUCGGUUUUGUUCGCCAUCUAUUUGGCGAUUAGUGCCAUCAGGAACAUCAAGAAGUUUUUUCUUGGUCGGUCGUUUAUAAUGAUUUCGUAUUAUGCCCUUCUUUGGAUCACUACGCUCUUAAAUCUUGCUUGGUGCUCUCUUCAGGAAUGGGAAUGCUCUCCUGGGAAGAAGUUUCUUUGGAAUCUUUUGUCGUUGUUCACAUUGUCUGGAAUGUUGUUUCUGGAAAUUAGUCUGGUAGCCUUCUUACUCAAAGCGAAUUAUUCAGGUGGGAUGGAAGCACUGUUGCACAAUUUUAUUGUCUCGGGAACUUUAGUUGGUGUGGAUGUGCUUCUUAAGGUCAUAUACGUGUUUGGGUUUGGCAUUCCACUGUUCAUCGGGGUUGGUAGUUCACACUGGUCAAAGUGGGGUGUAUGGACCAUCCACAAGUUAUUGUUAACUGCAGCUUAUGGCUUCAUAUUAUUUGUUCAUUUCUCAAAAUGGAGAGAUAAGCUACCACCCAGACCAUCAUUCUACAAUUAUAUCGCUGUGAUGUUUGUUGUUAGCGCUUUAGCAUUUUUUGCCAGUGGGCUUUCCGCGUUUGGAGUUAGGUUUGGCAUCUGGUUGUACAAUUUCACGGUUAUCAGCUACCAUUCUAUGUAUCUCCCAUUCCUCUAUGUGACGUUUCUGGCAGAUUUUUUCCAGGAGGAAGACUUCCUUUUGGAGAAUGCAUACUAUUCAGAGAUGAGAGAUGCAGGAUUCUUUGAUUCAGAGUGGGAUUAGAUGUCUUUGUAUGAUUUGUAUGGUUAAUGUUUACAUACGAUGUAAAUAAACAUAAACAGAAAUUUCUCAUUAGCAAUAAAGCCUAAUUCCAUUUUCUGUUCUCAUUCA